CGCUUUUAGCGGGUUUCUCUCUGAUUGGCACUGGCCCUUGUGCCUGUCUGCCAUGUUUUAGUGAAUUGUGGGGUGUGUUUUAAUGUUUUAAGUGUAUUAACAUCAACCCCGUAGUAAAAGAUUUACAAUGGGGGAAUCCACCAAAAAAAACCUGCAAUUUCAAUAAACACAUAUAAAAAUUAACAAGUCUUCUUUUUGAUGUUUGGCUUUGUUUUUUAUUUUGGGCAACAGUAUUUUUUGUUUAGUCAAUAACGCAAUGGGUUUUGAUGAAGAUUGCACAUUGUAAACAUGACUGGUGUUAGCAAGUGUCGACUUGUAGUUUCAUCUAUACAGAAUCUGCAAUCCUAUUUCGAGGAGAAACAAUCUUCAUCCAAACCAUUUGUCCGCUGUAUGGCAAACCAUCUUUUAUAUUUUUGAUAAAUAUAGUAUGAAGUACCCACAACAGGUGUCCAUGCCCUCGGCAGUAUCCAAUUGGCUUGAGGAACAGUUAGAAGCACGUGGUAUAGACGGCGUGGUUUACACACGCUACAUACUCAGUUUGCUCCACACGCAUAACCUAGAUGUUAUUUGUCCCGAGGACGAUAUUUCGUUUUCAUCGCUAAAAAAGAACUGCGAGAUAGAAUCGCUGGUGGACGAGCUGUGCGAAAAGCUGAAGGAGGUGAGCAGCGAGCACCAGUGCUCCGACAAGGAGGAACAAGCCUUGCCUUCAACUGCGAAGCCUAAAAAGCGAGUCACGCCGCGCGAGCAGGCCGAAAAAUACUACGCGGCUUUCCCCGCGCUAGGCAGGCAGUCUGCGUCGCCGAAAAAAAUUGUUUCUGUAGCGCCCAAGUGGAUCCAGUCGCCGAAGAAAAAGUCGGGCCGAAAGGCGGUCGCCAGACAGAACACCGUGGGCACGAAGCUGUACCAGCAGAACAAGCUGGACCCGGCCGCGAGCGUUAUGAAGUCGAAGCAGCGUCACAACUACUACGGUCGCGGCAAAAAGGAUCUGAUUUACCGCGGCGACGCCACUGUCGCCCCUGUUGCCGAUGCCGCCGCAAUCGCCCCUGUUGCCGAUCAGUGUUUGGACGGUGUUGCCGCUUCGUGGCGCGACGAGGAGAUGAACAUGUACGACGACCUGCCGGUCAACAUCAGGGAGCUGUUGGAAUCCCCGGUGCCCCCUGAGAUCGUCAGCUACGGCAACGUGCAGGAUAAAUUGAAGGACGGUACGAAACGGAACUUUAUCUCGUGCAACCUGACGUCCUCGAUCUGGUCGGACAAACGGCAAGCGGACGACGACGCAUCGUUCGACAACGAUUUCAACUCGUCGCGCGACAUCGACCGACGCCUCGGCGCCAUCGCGAUCGACGCCGGGCCGGGCCGAGGCGACUCGAUCUGGGCCGAACACGAGCCGCCGGCUUCGCUGCAAAACGAGGCCAACGCAAGCUUCGAGCGCUCGGCUGCUUUCGGCGGCUCGUCGGCCCCUUGGGGCGCCGACGUCGACUUGGAGGAGGAGUGCUUCGAGAACGAGCACCUGUUGAACAGAGUGGCAGUGAGCUUGAUGAAAAUAAACCACAACAAGGACAAAAGCUGCUUCGCCGAAAUAGUGCCCACAAAUAACAAAUUUAACUCCGAACGUCCUUCUUUCGACCCUUUCGGAUACAAAGGUAUAAUUGGCCAUUUUAAUGGUGCUUUUGAAAAGGAAUGCGACCUGCUUACGUCCGAAAAAAGCCACUUUCGACCCAUAAGCGAUAAUUCCAGUGCGGUCAAGACGGAAAGUAUCUACGUGGACGGGUCCACUUUCAUCAUCUCCAACAAUCUAGACAAGGUGAAUUAUGUGAGAAGCGAUAGCGGCUCUAUGUACUUGGAAACUGAGCAGGGUAACAGCAAAAAGUACUGCAAAUAUUACCUGGAAGAAAACUCGGAUUCUCACUCGGAGGAAUCAAACGAAGAUUUCGUGCUUAAAUUCAGCAUCUGCCAAAACGAUAAGGCCUGUCAAACUGACGACGAGUUUUCGUCUUGCGCGGCCAGCGGUCCCGAGAGCAUUGAUUCCGCGCUUUACAUGGAAGAACCCUUUGAACAAGAAGUUAUCCCAACUGCUUGCCCCAUUUCUUCGCCCGAAGAAGACGAUUUGAAACUGUGCACUUGUCCCCACCAAUCGGAGCACAAAACCGCAAUGAACACGGACUAUUCUGGGACCGGCGCAUGCGCCGUCCACCCCUUUAAUAAUAAUAAUAAUAAUUACAAUAUCAAUGGAAGGCCGGAAAGCAUGAUGUCCGAAAUAUUGUGGCGCUACGAGAGCAGAGGCUGCGAAGCCUGCAGUAACAACAAUAUGCUUGCUUGGAACACGGAUUGGCCCAGAAGUGCUCAGACGAAAGCGUCGGAUUGGGGCGGGCUGAGCAUGCGCAACAUCUGGAGCGGCGGCGACGUGUGCCAGGCCUGUCUCGGGCAGACGGCCUGCGACGGCGGGCAGCCGCCGUCGCGAGCCGCGCCGCCGCCCGACGAGCUGCGCUCGCAGCUGCGUUCGCAGCUGCGCGAGGACAUCUCCAACGACGGCGAUCAGCUGCUCUCGGACCUCAGCAGCGCGCAAAGGUGCUAUCGCGACGAUCUGCCGGCCGCCAACGAGAUCGCCUGCGACGUUGCCACGUUUCUUGUCCCCAAGGAACGCAAGCGCCGCCACUCUUACAUAAGCGAUCACGUACCGGACCCUCACGCAAAUAGCCGCAGCUCCUGGAGCUUUGCCUCGCGUCUCGAGGAAGACUGCCUCAUCCAAAUGUCCACCAUGCCGUCUCUUCGUUCGGUCACCCUCUAAAAAAAUAAAAAAAACCGCCCCCAUUAUCGAUUCACCCGAAAAAAAAAUAACGGCGAUAGGAGAGCGUCGCUUAGUGUGCCAGCACACUAACGCAAGACAACUGCCAUAUUUAUUUCAGCGCAGACUCGAAACGGAAGCGGUACGCCCCCCGUUUGCGACGCCCUUGUCCUUCGACCGUUGGACGCUGCUUUUGUCGUAUUCGGCCUCCAAAAGGACUGACACCAUAGACAAAAACAGAAUAUAUUACGUCUCUUUAUUUUGCCAAAAAAUCAUUUUUUAAAAUCAAUUUAUAAGUUUAAAAUGCAUUUUUGUGGGAAGAUUUUCACAAAAACGCAUUUUGAACUAUAAAACCGAUUUUAUGAAAUAAUUUGUCCAAAUUUCAACUUUUGGACUUGUACUGUUUAAAUCUCACCGAUUUAUUUAUUUUCCCAGUAAGUAAAGGCAGCUUUACAAUCAUUUAUAUUUUAUUAUUAUUGAAUAAGUAAAUACGCAGAUUAAAAAGUUAACAGAAAUACAAAAUUUACUAACUAACAGUUCACUUCUGUACUAAACUAUUAUUUCCAAUCAAUUUUGCAAAAAUUACCAUUAUUUUGUAAUAAAAAUAAUUUAUUAAGUAUAAUCUUAAAUAAAUAUUUUAUAAAAUUAUUUAGAUUAAAUUGGCUAAGUUUUUUGGUAUUUAAAAAUAGUUUCAAGACCUUUAAAAUCAAAAUAUUUU